AUGUUUUCCUGGGUCCCUGCAGGUAUCAUCGAGCCUCGCCUGUCUCUGCUGCUGUGGCUGGGAGUUCUGGCCUCUCUGGUCAUUGUGGUCAUCAUGCCUCAGCCUCUGGGCAUCCGCACCCUCGUCAUCCUCACCAUCCUCCGCCUCAUCUUUUCUGUGGGGCUGGAGCCGACGCUGUUUCUCCUGGGAGCCUUCAAUGUAUGUAACAAGCUGAUAUUCCUGGUGAGUUUCGUGGGGAACCGCGGCACGUUCACUCGCGGGUACAGAGCUAUGGUGCUGGACUUCGAGUUCCUCUACCACCUCAUCUACCUCAUCAUCUGCUGCCUCGGGGUCUUCGGACACGUCUUCUUCUACAGCUUACUGUUGUUCGACCUGGUGUACCGCGAGGAGACUCUGCUGAACGUGAUCAAAAGUGUGACUCGUAACGGCCGCUCCAUCGUGCUGACCGCCGUCCUGGCCCUCAUCCUCGUCUACCUCUUCUCCAUCGUGGGCUACAUCUUCUUCAAAGACGACUUCAUCCUCGAGGUGGACCGGCUUCCCAACACCACUCUGAAGAGCGGUGGCAGUCUGACCGGCGAGUUUAUUUCCGGAGGGAUGUGUCCUGGUGGUGGAGAGGGGAACUGCACCAGUGGACAGUUACAAGAAACUGUGUCAGAGGCGGAGUUUGAGGCCAGUGACGUGGAGCGCACCUGCGACUCUCUGCUCAUGUGCAUCGUUACCGUCCUGAGCCACGGCCUGCGCAGCGGGGGUGGGGUGGGCGACGUGCUGAGGAAGCCCUCCAAACAGGAGCCUCUGUUCGCGGCUCGCGUGGUGUACGACCUGCUCUUCUUCUUCAUGGUCAUCAUCAUCGUCCUGAACCUGAUCUUUGGCGUCAUCAUCGACACCUUUGCCGACCUCAGGAGCGAGAAGCAGAAGAAAGAAGAAGUGCUGAAGACCACCUGCUUCAUCUGUGGUUUGGAACGAGACAAGUUCGACAAUAAAACGGUGACUUUUGAGGAGCACAUCAAGGAGGAGCACAACAUGUGGCACUACCUGUUCUUCAUCGUCCUGGUGAAAGUGAAGGACUCCACCGAAUACACCGGGCCCGAGAGCUACGUGGCCGAGAUGAUCAAGGAGCACAACCUGGACUGGUUCCCACGGAUGAGGGCCAUGUCCCUGGUGAGCAGCGACGCUGAGGGCGAGCAGAAUGAGAUCCGGAGUCUUCAGGAGAAACUGGAGUCCACCAUGAGACUGGUCUGCAACCUGUCGGGACAACUCACCGAGCUCAAAGAACAGAUGACGGAGCAGAGGAAGCAGAAGCAGCGCAUCGGACUCCUGGGCCACCCCCCUCACAUGAACCACAACGCACAACAACCGGCUUAA